AUGGCACGACUUACAGAAGUUCACGACGGCUCCGACAGUGACGACGCUGCUUCGACCUCAAGGCAGACCCGACCCGGACUGACGCAGGACGAACAGGAGCAGAUCCUCCAUAAAUUCGGCCUCAUCGAAAAGCUCGGUCUGCCCAAGGACUUUGUCACUAUGGAAGAAGCGCAAGCCCAGCUCGACGCUCUCAACCGAGCAAAGUCAAAAGGCGGAAGCAGAAGAGCCCCAGAGGCAGACGACGAUGACUCGGACGACGACUACGGCGUGGCUUCCGACCACGAGCUGGACGGCGACGACACAGCGAAUCGACUCAUGCAGGAGCAAGAGGCGACGGAGAUGAGUCCUCGCGUGGAGAGCAUCCUCGACCUAGUCAUCUGGACCAUGCCAUUCGGGUUCAUGUAUACGCUGCUGGACGUGCUGGUGCGGCAGCAGUAUGGCGAGACCGUCGGAUUUACAGACGAAGUCGCUCGCUUGGCAAGAGCUCUUCCCGUCCUCGCAUUCUUCAUCCACUACAACCUCACCUCGCAACGCCAGGCCUUGAUACAGGGCAUGCUCUUCGUCCUCUGCUCCGCUUGCGGCUGCUCGCUCAUUCACAUUGUCAACAAGUCCUCCUACGACGUGGUGGUGCAGCGAGUCGCACCGCUCGGCACGUUGUGGAUCUUUUCGGUGGUGCGAUUGGAUCUGCUGCCCGCGUGCAUCAGCUUGGCGCUCACCGCCAUGUUUGUCAAGCAGACCGAGCUCAAGAUCAUGUUUGAUUAG